AUGAUAUUGACUCCCCUCCUCCUCACGUCCCUUAUCACUGGGACAGCGCGUGCUUCUGCCAUUCAAAAACGAUUCACCAACGGCGAUUCUCCUACGGGAACGACAGACCCAAAUGUAGUCAAGGAUUGCUCCUACUGGGCUAACUCGAUUACUUCCAGUGACACCUGCGUGAAUCUGGAGAACUACUUUGGAAUCACCACUGCCCAGUUGACAUUCUGGAACCCAUCUCUUUCAUCCACCAAUUGUGUCUUGACAGUAGGAUGGAGCUAUUGUGUUGAGUCGCCAUCAGUGCCAACCACCACCACUACCUCGACCACCACGGUGCCUACGACAACAUCGACAUCUCCGACUACCACAACUACCACUUCAACUAGUGGAGCCCCAUCUCCUACGCAAAGUGGUUUGAUUUCUACCUGUGACGCUUUUUAUAAGGUCCAGGCAGGUGAUAUCUGUUACAAUAUUGUCACGUCAUUUGGAAACUUCACAAUCGACCAAUUCUAUCAAUGGAAUCCUGCGGUCAAAACCGACUGCUCGGGCCUUCAGGCAGGAUAUUACGUCUGCGUUGGAGUCCCUGGCCUGACCACUACCACUACCACGACCAGCACCACAAUCGCUACCACUACCACCAGUGCAACCCAUACCGGCCCAUCGCCCACUCAGACAGGCAUCAUCUCCGACUGUGUCACAUACUAUCAAGUGCAAUCAGGCGAUAGCUGCUGGUCAAUUGUGACCAAGAAAUAUUCCUAUCUGACAACCAGCGAGUUCAUCUCCUGGAACCCUGCCGUUGGAGCGACUUGUUCCUAUCUUGACGUGGGGUACUGGUACUGCGUGGCAACCAGCACAGUCCAACCAAUGCCAGGGACUAUCUCCACUUGCACCAAAUACUACCAAGUUGCCAGUGGUGACAGCUGCUGGUCGAUUGAGCAGGCAAAUAGCAUCACCGCCACCCAAUUCAAUACCUGGAAUCCGGACGUGGGAUCGGAAUGUGCCCAUCUGUGGCUAGGAUAUUUUGUGUGUGUUGGGGCUUCUUGA